AUGAAGUAUUGUCGAUGCAAAUUCCCCAGUGAUUGGCUAUCGACGGGGACUCAACAUCGGACGCUAGCUACUCGUACUAUCCCUUCCUUGCCUCGACAUCGGGCUCAGAGCCAGAACUUCAACAUUCUAAACUCAACCAAUAACUCCACGAGGGGAUUCUCGAAAACAUCUCUCAGAUAUCGAGCACAUCCAACCCAAAAUUUCUCCCUUCGGCCUACUCCUGCCGUCCAAGCAUUGUCAAAGGGCCAGACAAGUCUUCAUACCACUGCUACUAAGGAACCUACCAUCCACCACAUCUUCGAGUCUGUAACAGGGACAUGGCAAUACAUAGUUGCCGACUCAUCAACGCAGACAGCAGCUAUCAUCGACCCAGUUUUGAACUAUGACCCUGUCACCCAGGCCAUCACCACAGACUCUGCUGAUGCCUUACUAUCAUUGAUCGAAGAAAAAGGCUACAAGAUCGAAAGAAUCCUGGAAACACAUGCCCAUGCAGAUCAUUUGACCGCUGCGUCGUAUCUUCAAAGGAAGCUCACUCGGAAACAAGGAUACAAGCCGCCCAUUGGUAUUGGCAAACGUAUCGAACAAGUCCAAAAGCUAUUUGGUCAACGCUAUGGAAUCCAGAGUGAGGAGUACGAGACCGUCUUUGAUAAGCUAUUCGAAGACGAAGAAUUCUUUCAAAUUGGCAAUGUGACUGCCAAGGCUAUUCAUCUUCCUGGCCAUACGCCAGAUCAUCUAGGAUAUCAAAUCGGAGGUACGGCACGCUGCGAUUUUCCCGGCGGGGAUGCAAAAGACCUCUUUCAAUCGAGUCGCAAGCUGCUAGCUCUAGAUGAUCAUGUCAAGAUCUGGCCGGGCCAUGACUACCCACCGGAGGGACGGGAUUCCCCCAUCCCAUGGCUGAGCGUGGCUGACCAUAGGAAACAGAACAAACAUGUUGGAGAUGUGGUUUCUGAGAAGGAGUUUGUGGCGUUGCGGACAGAACGCGAUGCUAAGUUGAAUGCGCCGAGGCUGCUUCAUCAGUCUUUGCAGGUGAACAUUCGGGCUGGUCAGCUUCCCAAGCCUUUGGAUUCGGGAUAUAGGAUUCUUCGUUUGCCCUUGAAAUUAAACGGAUUGGAAUGGUAA